CUCCAGGGGGCCAGUACAGGAAGUAUGAGUUUUUAAGUUUCAUUUCUUCUGCGAGCAGCGAGGCUCAGCCUUUGGUUUGUUUAGCUGCCUUUAACCAAAUAUCUGCAGAAUAUAAAGAAGUCAGGCAGCCAGGAAAACAAAACUUAUCGCGCUGUGUUAUUAAACGAUAGAAAGCAAGACUUUAAGCUGCAGUUCGGAGAUUUAAACUUGAGUUUACUCUAAAAGUUGAGAUCAGCAGCUCAGAUGGCCACUCUGAACCCACUGCUCUCCAGGAACCAGCAGAGAACCAUCUGCUCUCAGCUGGGAAAUGUCAAACUGAAGCUGCUCUACAAAGCCUCCGUCCACGGCUUUACUGGUGCUGCCUUCCACCAGAGAUGUGACAAGCAGGCGCCCACUGUGUCUGUGGGAUACAAUACCACUGGUUAUGUGUUUGGAGGCUACGCCAGCCAACCAUUCACUCAGACUGGACAGUGGGUGAAUGAUAACCAGGCUUUUCUUUUUAGUUUUACUGGUGGAAAACUGCAGAAAUACCCCUGUACUAAUGCUCCACAUGCACUUUUAAUGGAUGGGAACUCUGGUCCUUAUUUUGGAAAUGCACUUGCUCUUGUCCACUCCAACCAACCAGUGACGCACAGCGCUCCGGGGAAUUAUUACAACUUCACUGCUGCAGAAAUGCAUGGAAAUGACCUGAAGCUGACUGAAUGUGAAGUUUACCAGGUGGAGGAAUCCACUGAACUUGAGAAGCCAUGGAGGACUGUGGUCUGGGAAUCUGGGAAGAGAACGGAGCUGAUGGACACCAUCAAAACCUACAAACCCACAGUCAGUUCUGUGCCCCAGGCUCGGGUUUUGCUCAUUGGACAGGUCGGAGCCGGAAAGUCCAGCUUCUUCAACUCCAUCAACUCUGUAUUCAGAGGCCAUGUCACCAGUCAGGCCAUCGCUGGCAGCUCUUCCACCAGCCUCACCACUCAGUUUCGAUCCUACUCUGUGAAAGCUGGACGAGAAGGCAAACCCCUGCCAAUCAUCCUGUGUGACACCAUGGGCCUGGAGGACAACAAAGGGGCGGGGCUUGAUGUGGAGGACAUCAGCAGCAUCCUUAAGGGACAUAUGCCGAAUUGUUACCAGUUCAACCCCGCUGCUCCUCUUCAUGCUGAGUCUCACGGCUUUCGCAAGUCUCCGGCCGUCAAAGACAAGAUCCACUGUGUGACUUAUGUUAUUGAUGCCAGCAAGGUCUCCAUUAUGCCCCCAAAGUUGGAGGAGAAGAUGGAAGUUAUCCGCAGAAAGGUUAACCUGUUGGGGAUUCCUCAGCUGGUUCUGCUCACUAAAGUGGAUGAAGCUUGUCCUUUGGUGAAAGACGAUCUGAGAAACAUCUACAAGAGCGGAUACAUCAAGGACUUAAUGCAGGAUGUCAGCGUCAGGGUGGGCGUUCCGCUGUCCUGCGUUAUUCCAGUCAAGAACUACAGCGGGGAGCUGGAGCUGGACUUGAACUGCGACAUCCUGCUACUCAGCGCCGUCGUCCAGAUGCUCCGGUUCGUCGAUAACUACUUCGAUGACCUCAGCGACCGACUGAGCAGCACCGAAAGCCACGAUUAAGAAUCUGUAUUAAAACCUGACAGCUCAGGCUUAUCCGCAUGUCCAGGUGUGUCAGUAUUUAUGCAUUUAUCCAAAACAACUGUUGAGUUUUACAUAUUAAAUGCAGCUGAAUAUAUUUACCUUUUACAGAGUGACUGCAACAACUGCAAGCAUUUCUUUUUGUGAGUCUUGGGAAGUUUCACCACGAUCCCACCUAGAAAUGACUUUACAACUCCAGUUUGAUAAUGAUUUUGUUUCUUGUUGGUUCUUGAACGUCUUUAAAUCGGGGCAUGAUGUUUUAAAAGUUUAUUCUGCAGGUUUGGUUGUAGAUUAUGUUGUAAUCAUAAUCUGAAACAUUUAAGUUUAUCCAAAAAAGAUAGGAAAUCAGAAAGUUGUUCACUUCAGUGAGUCUGGAUAAAUCAGUCUCUUUUUGCUCCAGAUAGAUUUAUUACCUUAAUUGUCUUGGUGACUCGGUACGUUUUAGGACAUUUAUGCAGGACGGAUUUUUUAACAUGCAUGUUGUUAAACUCCAGGAAAACGGCAAAUAUAUCUGUGGGCAUGAAACUGAAGUAAAAUCUAAUUAGUAAAGAUAUCAUAGCUUGCAUGUGUAAAGAUUUGCUGAUAUUUGACUUUCCUGGAUUCCCUAGAAUGUUACAAAAUGACUACUCUAUUUUUUCUUUUGUAUCUUUGUUUUUUCCACCCAGGUGUUGUUGUUUACAGUUUACUUACUUAUGCUUUUUUGAGUUAAAAAAAACAAUCUGAGACAGAUUUGAGUUAUUACAUGCAAGCAUGCAAGUGUCAGUUUAUACAAGAUGGGAAAAAAUGCAUACACUAAUAAAAAUGUUAAGAAGUCAUGUCUGGAA